ACGCUAACCGCAGAGAGACGCCCCUCCCAUUCCUGUUUGUGAUUGGAGGAAGCAAUGCGGCGGAACAGCGAGGUUUUACUUUAUGGCUACGAUAGCCGACAAGGCACAAGUCAAGGAAACAAGCGUUUCUUUUCCCUCCUCUCUCUCUCACCCCUCCUCCCUUGUGCUUUGAAUACGACAGAUCGACUUCCCGAUGGCUUCAGAGGAGCCACCGCAAUCGGGGAGCAGCGGCAGCGAGAAAGAGGAUGAUUUCGGGUAUGGCCUGAUCCAGGACCGGCGGCGCGGAGAGACGACGAAAGCGAAGUCUUUUCUGUACAACAGCCUGUUCACCUUCAACCACAAGUGUCAGGUGAUGCUGAAGAUCGCCCUGGACACCAGUCCAUAUGCUAAACUGCUACUUGAUGCUAUGAACAAUUCUGGCUGCACUGUUUUCAAAGACCGACACUUUUCCUGUGAAGAUUGUGACGGAUGUGUCAGUGGUGGAUUUGAUUCUUCGACAUCACAGAUUGUUCUGUGUCAAAACAACAUUCGCCAUCAAUCGCACAUGAACAGAGUAGUCACACAUGAACUUAUCCAUGCAUUUGAUCACUGUCGUGCACACGUGGACUGGUUCAACAACAUCAAGCACUUAGCUUGCUCAGAGAUUCGAGCAGCUAAUCUCAGUGGGGACUGCUCACUCUUGAGCGAAAUGACCCGGUUUAAAUUUGGCUUGAAGCAGCACCAUCAAACCUGUGUACGAGACAGAGCUGUUCGCUCUAUCUUGGCGGUUAGAAAGGUCAACAAAGAGAGGGCUGAGAAAGCUGUGGAUGAAGUCUUUGACGCCUGUUUCAGUGAUCAUGAACCAUUUGGCAGAGUGCCUCAUAGUAAACAGGAUGCAAAAUACGCAUACAGAGAUUUUCAGAACCGUCAUCGAUACUACACAAAUGUAUAGACAGAACUGUCGAUUUCUAGCUGCUGAACAACAUCAUUUGAGGACAAUUGACAAAAGAUGAGUUGUACUGAAAUAGUGAUGAUAACAAGGAUCCCCUCUUAUUGGACUCUGGUUA